ACUGCACAAGACUGACAGCAGUUCAAACACAAGAGGUGACACAGCAGUUCAGACACUGAGCUUCACGAUCGACACACUUCAUGAUUCUGGGGUUAAACUACGGCUAAAAUGGAUUAUGAUUACACCGAUUAUAACAUCUCCUUUGAUAGCAUCAACUUCACAGACCCAUGCGGCGGUGGUAAAAACUGUACGCUCUUUGAAGAACCUGACGAUGUGAUCGGCUGGCGUCAUUGGUUUGCACUGAUAUCCUAUUCGAUCGUCUUCUUGUUGGGCGUCCCUGGCAAUGGCUUGGUUAUCUGGGUGACGGCAUUCAAGAUGCCCACUUCAGUUAAUGCCGUGUGGUUCCUGAACCUGGCCUUGACCGACCUGCUGUGCUGUUUAUCCCUGCCGCUGCUCAUGGUGCCCCUGGCUCAAGAUCAGCACUGGCCCUUCGGUCCAUUGGCUUGCAAAAUGCUGUACGGUCUACUGUAUAUGGUCAUGUACUGCAGUGUGCUGAUACUAACAGUCAUCAGUCUGGACCGCUGGAUCCUGGUGUCACGGCCCGCUUGGUGCCAGAACAAGAGGCGGCCACGCUUGGCUCGCUGGAUCUGUCUGGGUACCUGGAUGCUCGCACUCGUUGGCAGCAUUCCUCAGUUCAUCCAUAUGGAGAAAAGAGUCUUUGGGUCGAAGAUACUGUGUCGUGGCCAUUACGCAAACAUGACGCAUGCCUGGGCCAUGGUUGUGACACGAUUCCUGCUUGGCUUUCUGCUGCCCUUUCUGAUAAUCUCAUACAGCCACUGGUUAGUGUACCAGAGGACACACCAAACGUCAGCUCGGAGGCAAAGCGAGAGAUCAGCCCGGACUGUGCGUGUCAUCUUAGCCAUAGUGAUUACCUUCUUCUUUUGCUGGAUUCCCUUGCAUAUCAUUGACACUAUUGUGCUAAGCUUGCCCCAUUCAAUGGGUGAAACAAGAGCAAACCUUUCCCUGGCUCAGGUAUUAGCGCUUUGCCUGGCCUAUUUCAACAGCUGCCUGAACCCACUGCUCUAUGUCUGCCUGGGCCGUGGUUUUAAAGAGAGCUUGACCAAGACACUUAAGAGCGUCCUCAACUUCGCUUCCGAAGAGCCGACUCGAGGGGUCAGCAUAUCAAUCACCAAGAGCACCACCGACACAAACUACUGAGAGAAGAUGGUUUUAGUGGCUACCAGAAAAACCAUACUCUGCUGCGCAAUGACAAACAUCCAUUGAAUGUGCAACAAUGAACUGAACUCGAGAGUGUGACACCGAUUCCAGAGCCCUUUCCAGCAUUUUUGUAGUUUAAUACUGUUGGGUUUUUUCCAUUGACUUGGUUAGUUGUUAUAGAAAAGGGUCUAGUAAAAUCUUCAGAAUUACAGCAUGAAUAUUAAACCUGAAGAUUAUUCAUAAAAAAUAAUAAUCAGAUAUAAAUAUUCUGUAUGUUGCCAUAUACGUUUUAAAAAGACUCACUUUUUGCAUAUUUUUUGUUGUCAUUUUAAAAUUAGCCAUUUGGAUAUUAUUAACAUAAUGGAAAGUGGUAUAGUGGCCAGCAUUGUGGCUUAAUUGGUUUAUAGAUCAGAUGGUUAGGUGUUCAAACCCCAUUACUGCCAAGCCGCUACUCUUGGCCGCGUGCUCUCAGCCCAGCUUUCUAACAAGCAGGUGCAUAUGAAGCAAAUUUUCACUGUACUGUAAUGCAUAUGUGUUAAAAGAAGUCUUUUUUUCUUACUAUUUCCAGAUUUGUAUGUGACGUCAGUUAAUAAAGGAGCAUGUGUGUAAAUAUGUGGGGUAUUCAAGUCAAACUGGGACUUACGAGGAUAUUUCUGGUGAAUGAAGGUAUGACACUGAUUAGCAUUCACUAUCAUAAAUAGUGAUCCUGGCCGAAGCGGCUGCAGUCAUCCUCAUGAAUAUUUGACAAGUCGAACGCCUGAAAAUUAUUUUGUUUUAAAAAUCAACAGAUAAAUUGUCAACUACUGUCAACUGUGUGUGGGAACUGUAAACUCAAUUAAUCAUUCACCAACACUACUUGUACAUUACUGGAGCUAUAGGCUGGUAGUUAUUGCAGUCCUGACCUCACUCCAAGCUACUUUUACAUGUUUGGGCCAUUAAAGGAGUUCCUGGGAGGCCGGCGUUUCAGAUGCGAAUCAGACAGACAGUCCGAUCAUGGCUCCGGUGAACUGGGAAUACUCUUACUCGGUAUCCAAGCACUAGUGAACCACUGGAAUAGGUGCAUUAACGUAGCAGGGGAUUAUAUAGAGCUUUUACUCUCAUAACUGUUCUGUUAUUCUGUACAAUCAAAAGUCCCGGUUUGACUUGAACAUCCCGUGUACAAAAUAGGCUUUCUCAAUUGUACAUUAAGAUAGAAUUAAAUUAUCAGUUUUCAACCUGCUCUUUCGUGUCUAAUCUUUAACCACUAAAAAAACAUAUUCCCAGAAAAGAAAACGGUGAACAACUUCAGUGCCAUUUCCAUAUUUAAAAUUUUUACGGAUCCGAAACUUGCAAUGUAGGAAAUAUUCGUUUUUUAGCAUGCCUGUCCGUCUGUUUUUCAACUGCACAUUUUUUAUAUACAUUUAUUUUGCACGAAUAUAUGUUUUUACAAAU